AUGUCGACGACGGCCGACGCGCUCGCGGCGUCGACGUCGUCGACGCCGCGUCCGCGGCACCGCGCACGACGCGGACGCGCGGCGGCGGCGCGGCGGGGGAGAUCUCGACCCGCCGCCGCCGCCGCCGCCGCCGCCGCCGCGUCGCCGUCGUCGCCGUCGCCGUCAGAUCUCGCCACCGCCGACGCGAUCGCGGCCGAGACGCUCGCGCGCGACCUCACGCGCGACGAGAUCGACGCGCUGAUCUCCCGCGCGUCCCUGGACGAGCUCGUCGCCGCCGCGGGCGCGGUCCGCGCCCUCGGCGCGAACCCUCGCGUCGUGACCUUCUCGCCAAAGGUGUUCGUCCCGCUCACGUUCGCGUGUCGAGACGCGUGCGGCUACUGCACGUUCGCGAAGGACCCAUCAGGGUCCGAAUCGGACGUGUACAUGACCGUCGAGGAAGUCGUCGCGGUCGCGGAGCGCGGGCGACUCGCGGGCGCGACGGAGUGCCUGUUCACCCUGGGCGAUCGCCCGGAGGCGAGGUACGCGGAAGCCGCCGAGGCGUUGCGAUCGCUGCCGGGCGGUCCCUUCGCGUCGACGACGGCGUACGUCGCGCACUGCGCGUCCGAGGCGCGUUCUAUCUCACACUGGUCCCCAUACGACCGCGUCGGCGUGGUUCUGCGGCGCACGGGGCUGCUGCCGCACGUGAACGCGGGGGUGUUAACGCGCGACGAGGUCGCGUUACUGCGCACGGUAUCCGCCUCGCAAGGGUUGAUGCUCGAGAGCGUCUCGGAGCGGCUUUUCGAGUCGGGGGGCGCGCACGAAGGGUGCGAGUCCAAACGCCCGGCGGCGCGGUUGCGAACGAUCGAUCUCGCGGGCGAGCUGCGCGUUCCGUUCACGUCCGGGGUGUUGAUCGGGAUCGGGGAUACGCGCGAUGAGCGUCUGGACGCGCUGUUCGCCAUCAGGGACGCGGACAGGAGAGGCGGCGGGCACGUGCAGGAGGUUUUGGUGCAGAAUUUUCGCGCCAAGAUCGGCACGCGGAUGGCGUCGGCGCCGGAGCCAGAGUUCGAGGAGCUGCUGUGGACGGCCGCGUGCGCGCGGCUGAUCUUCGGGCCGAGCGGGGUGAUCCAGGUCCCGCCGAACCUGACGCCGGAGCCGGACGACGUCGGCGGGGGGGGGGUUGGCGGGAAGGCGCGCAACUGGCGGAGGCUUCUCCGCGCUGGCGUCUCCGACUGGGGCGGGAUCUCCCCGGGGGUGACGCCAGACCACGUCUCCCCGGAGGCGCCGUGGCCGGAGCUCGACGCGCUCGCGGCCGCGUCGCUCGCGGAGGGGUAUUCGUUGGUCCCGCGACUCGCCGCGCAGCCGAGAUACGUCGUCGAAUCGACGUCCGCGUCCACGUCGGCGUCCACGCAUUCGGCGGCGUCUGGAUCUUUCGUCAAAGGCGGGUGCGACGCGUGGAUGGAUCCCGCGGUGGCGCCGCACGUCCGCGUGUUAUCCGACUCGGAAGGCUUCGGCCGCGCGCACGGGUGGUGCCCGGGGAGAGAAGAAGCCGCGGCGGAGGAAGCCGAAGCCGAAGCUGAAGCCGAAGCCGAAGCCGAAGCUAAAGCCGCGGCGGCGACGUCGGAGCCCUCGCGGUCGUCGCGGUCGUGGCGGGUCGCGAGGUUCCCGCGCGCGAAAGACGUCGUCCGCGUCGACGGCGCCGUGGCCGCCGCCGCCGCCGCCGCCGGCGGCGGCGGCGUCUCCCAAUCCAUCAGAGACGCGAUCGAUCGACUCGCGCGUCGAGGCUCCGCGCUGCGUUGCGACCCGAAGCUCGCGUCGUCGUCGGCGUACGUCCACGACGCCGCGGCGGACGCCGACGCGGCGGCGACGCUUCUCCGCGCUCGCGGCGCGGACUUUGACCACGUCUGCACCGCGGCGGACGACCUCCGGAAACGCCAGUGCGGCGACGUCGUGACGUACUGCGUGAAUCGGAACAUCAACUACACGAACGUGUGCACGCUCGCGUGCACGUUCUGCGCGUUCAGCAAGGGCCCGUCCGCGGAGGAACUCCGCGGGAAGCCGUAUCUGCUGUCGUUGGACGAGGUGGCGAGGCGGACGAGAGAGGCGUGGGAUCGAGGCGCGAACGAGGUGUGCAUGCAGGGCGGGAUCCACCCGAGCUUCACCGGGGAGGAUUACCUCGAGAUUCUGCGCGCGGCGAAGCGAGGCGCGCCGGAGAUGCACGUGCACGCGUUUUCGCCUUUGGAAGUAACGCACGGCGCGAAGACGUUAGGUUUGUCCAUCUCCGACUACCUCGUCGCGCUCAAAGCGGAGGGGUUAGGCUCGCUCCCGGGCACCGCCGCGGAGGUUCUCCACGACGACGUGCGCGCGAAGAUAUGCCCGGACAAGCUGACGUCCGAGGAGUGGCUGCGCGUCGUGUCGACCGCGCACGCGGUCGGGAUACCGACGACGUCGACGAUGAUGUUCGGACACGUCGACGCGGACGGGCCGGACGCGUGGGCGAGGCACCUCCUCGAGCUCCGACGCGUCCACGUCUCGAGCGCGUCGAGAAGUCAUCGAAAAAGGGAGUCCGAUAGUAUGGACACUGACACGGCAGCAGCGUCAAGAAGGCAUACGUCGGUUGCCACGUCAGCAAACCACCCGGCGACGUUCACCGAGUUCGUGCCGCUGCCGUUCGUCCACUUCGAGGCGCCGGCGUUUCGCGCGGGUGACGCGCGGCGCGGCCCCACGCUGCGCGAGUGCAUCCUCGUCCACGCCGUCGCGCGCCUCACGCUCGGCCCCGCGGGUGUGAAGAACGUUCAGGCGUCCUGGGUGAAGAUGGGCCCGGAAAUGGCGUCGCUGCUGCUCGAGUGCGGGUGCAACGACCUCGGGGGCACGCUGAUGAACGAGAGCAUCACGCGCGCCGCCGGCGGCGACCGCGGGCAGGAGUUCGGGCCUCAGAGGAUGGAGGAGACGAUACGGCGGGCGGGGCGGACGCCGCGGUUGCGGACGACGCUGUACGCGGACGUGGGGGAGGGGAGGCGCGAGGUGGCGAUGAACGCCGCGCCGUUGUUGCCGGUGUGAGGGGAAUGGAGAGAGCAGACGCGGACGCGUCGUACCAGACUCGCGCCCGCUCGCAGAGUGCUCUUCAUGAAAAAAACUCUUCUGGCUGGCGCUCAGAGCACAUCACGGAAAAAAAGCCGUUGACAGCUCAAGCGCAGUUUUU